UGACGACAGAGUCGGUUAACUGCAUUUGAGAAUCAAACAUGGCCGGUAAAGGAGGAAAACAGAACCGUUCUGGUCCGGGCCUUUCUGGUAGGAAAGGAGGAGGUGAGCAAGAGGAAGAAGAGCAGCCGCUGCAGGCUGUUUUAGUCGCUGACAGCUUCAAUCGGAGGUUUUUCCCGGUGACCAAAGACCAGCCGAGGGCUCUCCUGCCGUUGGGUAAUAUUGCCAUGAUCGACUACACGCUGGAGUUCCUCACCUCCACCGGGGUGCAGGAAACAUUUGUCUUCUGCUGCUGGAUGGCCAGUAAAAUUAAAGAGCACUUAUUGAAGUCAAAGUGGUGUCGACCCACUUCUCCAAACACAGUUCACAUCAUCACCUCAGACCUUUACCGCUCCUUAGGAGACGUGCUCAGGGAUGUUGAUGCAAAGUCUCUUGUGCGCUCUGAUUUUGUGUUGGUUUAUGGAGAUGUGGUAUCGAAUGUCGACAUCAGUCAGGCGCUGCAGGAACACAGACAUCGUAGAAAGAUGGAGAAAAACAUCUCAGUGAUGACGAUGAUUUUCAAGGAGUCAUCACCAGGUCACAGGUCCCGCUGUGAGGAAGAUGAUGUAAUUGUUGCCAUAGACAGUAAAAGCAAGCGGAUUUUACACUACCAGAAAACACACGGGCUGAAAAAGCUACAGUUCCCUAUGAACAUUUUCCACAGUGGCAGUGAUGAGUUUGAAAUCAGGCACGACCUGCUGGACUGUCACAUCAGCAUCUGCUCCCCACAGGUUGCUGAGCUCUUCACUGACAAUUUUGAUUACCAAACUAGGAACGACUUUGUCCGAGGGAUAUUAGUCAAUGAAGAGAUUCUUGGGAACCAGAUUCACAUGCAUACCACCAAGGACGGCUACGGUGUCCGAGUGUCAAACCUCCUCAUGUAUGACUCAGUGUCGUCUGACCUGGUACGGCGGUGGGUUUACCCGCUCACCCCAGAAGCCAACUUCAUUGACCAGAAGGGGCGGAGCUGCACAUAUUCACGCCACAACGUCUACCGAGGAUCUGGGGUCAGUCUGGGUCACGGAAGUCAGAUGGAGGAGAACGUCCUCAUUGGCUGUGACACCAGUAUUGGUGCUAACUGUUACAUUUCUAACAGUGUCAUUGGAAACAACUGCACCAUAGGUGAUAAUGUAACGCUGGACCAUGCCUAUAUCUGGAAUAAUGUUCACAUUGCCAGCAACGUGGAGAUCAGCCAGUCAGUGGUUUGCGACAAGGUGGAGGUCAAAGAGGGCGUCAAGCUGAAUAAACAGUGUGUCCUUGCUUAUAAUGUGGUGAUUGGACCAAACAUCUCUCUACCUGAAGGCACUGUGGUGUCCAUGCACCACCCAGAGGAGGAGGAAGAGGAUGAUGAUGAAUUCCUCAGUGAUGAUGCUGAGGUCGGUCAAAGUAAAGAAAAAACAAAAAAGAAAGUGUUUAACCCUGCAGAGGUCGGAGCAGAGGGGAAAGGCUACAUCUGGAAGGCCAGCAGUUUGGAUGACACAGAGGAUGAGGAGCUAUCUCAGUGUCUGUGGGGUUUGGUGUUGAACCCCGACCCUGAGAGUGAAAGUGAGGACAGUGAGCCUGAUGGUCCUGACGAUCCAGUGAUCCCCUCACCUGAGAUGGAUGAUGUCAAAGUCUUCCAGUUGGAGGUGUUUGGGACUCUUCAGAGAGGUCUGGAAGAAAACAUCAGCUUUGACAAUCUAGUGCUUGAGAUCAACUCUCUUAAGUACGCCUAUAACAUCAGUCUGAAGGAGGUGAUGCAGAUUUUAACCAGAGUGGUGUUGGACUACCCGUUCCAGCAGCAGGGAAACCAGAUUACCACGUCACAAUACGUUGCUCUGCUACUACCUUUACUGAAGAAAUGGGCUCCAGUGUUUAAGAACUAUGUAAAGAGGGCUCAGGACCAUCUGGACUGUCUAUCUGCAUUUGAGGAGCAUUUUCUGGAGCAGGAGAGUCACUGGGCAGCGAUGGUCAAGGUUCUGAUGAACAUGUACCAGCUGGAGAUCCUGGAGGAGGAGAUGAUCCUGCACUGGUUCUCGCAGGGAGCUACAACAGAUAAGAGCAGGCAGCUCCGCAAGAACCAGGGGCUUCAGAAGUUUAUCCAGUGGUUGGAGGAAGCAGAGGAGUCUUCAGAGGAGGAAGGGGAGUAGGAGGAAGCUCUCAUAACAAAGGACAAAGAGGACUUGUUAAAAUUUGAGAACUGUUGCAUGAAAAAAGGGAUUCAGACAGUUUAUGUCCCCCUCAACCGCAGCUUCCUGCCUCUAACAUCCAUCAUCUGACACAUGUUUUGACACACCGUGCCACGCCAUGUAAGAGCUGUGUGCUCUGAAUGUCAUCAUCCAAAAUAAAGAAAAAAGAUGCUCUGA